AUAUGGCUCCUGCAUCCAUUCCGUCUCACUCGGAAGGGGUCAAUUGAGUGCCGUGAGACAUCCGGCCUUUCUCUGAUACUUGUUGCUCUCACUCUAUUUCUGGCGACAACUACGAAUCAUGGCCAACAGCAAGCCCUACUUCGGCUUGAAGGGCGGAUGGCUGACCUUCUGGGUGACGGUGGCGUGUGCAACCGACAUGAUGCUGUUUGGAUAUGAUCAGGGUGUCUUCGCCGGUGUAAUCGUCACGAGUGACUUUCUCGACGUUCUCGAUCUCCGCGGCAAGACAACGCUUCUUGGCACGAUCACUGCCAUCUAUGAUGCAGGUUGUCUGGUUGGUGCCAUGGCUGCCAUCUACUUUGGCGAUAUACUGGGACGAAAGAAAACGAUCCUGUGUGGCACUACCAUCAUGACGGUUGGGGCCAUUCUCCAGGCUUCCGCCUAUAGUGUUCCUCAGAUGAUCGUGGGGCGGAUUAUUGCUGGCAUCGGAAAUGGAAUGAACACGGCCACCGCUCCUGUGUGGCAGGGAGAGACAUCGCAGAUUAAGUGGAGAGGAAAGCUGGUGAUCAUCGAGUUGGUCUUGAACGUUGGGGGCUACUCGCUGGCUAACUGGAUGACUUUCGCUUUCUCUUUUGUCCCGGGCCCAGCCGCCUGGCGGUUUCCUCUCGCUUUUCAGAUCAUCUUUAUUCUGAUUCUAUACGCCACCGUCCCCUGGUUGCCCGAGUCACCCCGGUGGCUGAUCUGCCGUGACCAGCCCGAAGAGGCUCAGCAGAUCAUUGCCGACCUCGAAGGCAAGGACCUCAACGACUCGCAUGUCAUUGCAGCCUACACCGAGAUUCUGGCGACCAUUCAGUAUGAGCGAGAGCACAGUGUCUCGUGGGCCCAGUUGCUCCGCGGCAAAACGGGAGGUGAACAAGGCACGGGCAGCAUUCGCCGCCUUCUCCUGGGGGCGGGUGCGCAGGCUAUGCAGCAGCUGGCGGGAAUUAAUGUCACGUCAUACUAUCUUCCCACGGUCCUGAUGGAAUCGGUCGGGUUGUCGGAACGCCUCGCCCGGCUGCUCGCUGCCUGUAACUCGGUUUCUUACCUCGUGGCGAGCAGUGUGACGAUUCCCACCAUUGAGCGCUGGGGUCGACGGCGAAUCCUGAUGGUGUGUGCCUUGGCGCAGGGCAUCUGCUAUUUGCUGAUCACUGUGCUCCUACGGUUCAGUGAACAGGGCGGACAUACCGACCAGUAUGUCUAUGGGUCCGCCGCCGUUGCCUUUUUCUUCGUAUACUAUGUCUUCUUUGGCCUGAGCUUCCAGGGCAUCGGGUGGCUGCUUCCGGUGGAGCUGAACUCGCUGAGCUUGCGAACCAAGGGCGUAGCUUUGGGCACGGCCACCAACUGGGCGAUGAAUUUCAUGGUGGUUGAGAUCACCCCGGUUGGGAUUCAGAAUCUCGGCUGGAAGUUUUACAUCAUCUGGACUGUCUUUAACUUUGCAUUCGUGCCCACCGUCUAUUUCUUCUAUCCUGAGACGGCGAACCGGUCUCUGGAGGAUAUCGAUCGCUUUUUCCAUGAGCACCACAACGUUUUCGUGAAUGGGAACGCGGAAGCCACAAGCAUUGAGCGCCCAGCACGCUACAUUGAGUUGGAGAAGGAGCUGGUCAAACGCAGCGCCGUCAUUGCUGAUGCCAAGACGUCUGGUUUUCUGGAUGGGGAAGCGGAGCACAAGGAGAUUGUCUAGGUGGCAACUUGUGCCACCUGCCUGCGUAUUUUGGGCGCCAUGCGGAGUCUGUAGCGAGAAAUAUGGAGAUAUCCCACAGAGCCUCU